AUGAAGAAGAAAGUCUACACCAUGGAAGAGAUUAUGUCCAAGAAGCGAUAUACAGGAGUUCGGGAACCACCUCGAAGCGGUCUAAAGCCUUCAGCUUCUAGCUUCGAGCCUAGGAGCAAGAGCUCAAUUCGGGAGCCUUCCUACCUUCAAGAGCCUCGGCUAAUGGACCAAGAGAGUAAUGUGUACAUAAAAGGAAUGAAGAAGGGUAAUAAUAAUAUAUUGGUCUCUGUUAGAACGAGACCUGUCAAUAAAUAAGGAAAAACGAUGGGCUAAAGAAAAAGGAGUCGCCGAAAAAUGAGUCAAAGUCAUCGAUGAUAAUAUAAUUAUGAUAAAAGACAUCUCUGGCUAUAAACCUGAGGAAGCUUUCAGAGGAUACCGAGAAAAAGAAAAAUCAUACGCCUUUGAUUAUGCAUUUAACCAAGAUAUUGAGCAGGAGGAGAUUUUCCAGAAGACUACGAAGUUCUUGAUCGAAGGUGUUAUGACAGGAUUUAAUGCAACUGUCUUUGCUUAUGGAGCAACUGGAGCUGGUAAAACUUAUACCAUGAUGGGUGAAGAAUAUAACGAUGGAGUCAUGCUUCUGUCAAUCCAGGAGCUAUUUGACCAGAUUAUGUCUGUCAGUACUGACAAAGAUUACCAACUUAAAAUAUCCUACAUUGAAGUGUAUAAUGAGAAUAUUAAGGAUUUACUAAAUGGAAAAUAACAAGAACCUUGAUCUGAGGGAAGAUCCUGCUCGAGGCAUCACAGUUGCAGGUGUAACAGAAAUAAUGACAACCAAUACAGAAGAAAUAAUGUUCCUGCUCAGAGAAGGUAACAAGUUGAGGACUCAAGAAGCUACUAACGCCAAUGCUACAUCUUCGAGGUCACAUGCAGUUCUCCAGGUCACUGUAGAAAAUAAAGAUAAAGCUCAUGGCACUGAUUCUGAUAUUAAUAUUGGAAAGUUGUCCUUAAUCGAUCUUGCAGGUUCUGAGAGAGCAUCAGCAACUUUGAAUAGUGGGAAAAGAUUAAUAGAGGGAGCCAACAUCAAUCGAUCUUUGCUUGCAUUAGCUAACUGCAUCAACGCUCUUUGCCAGAAGUCGGAAGUAGGCAAUCAGCACAUUCCAUACAGAGAUAGUAAGCUAACUCGAAUGUUGAAAGACUCUUUGGGUGGUAAUUGAAGAACAGUGAUGAUUGCUAAUAUUAGCCCAAGCUUUAUGUGCUAUGAAGACACUCUUAAUACUCUUAAGUAUGCUAACAGAGCAAAGCAGAUUAAGACUGUGGUCAAGAGGAAUGUCCUUAACGUCGAAUAUCAUAUUAGUAACUAUAAAUAAUAUCAUCGGGAAUCUGAGGUUUGAGAUCACCAAAUUAAAAACACAGCUGACUGAUGCAAAGAAAGGUGGAAGUUUAAAGUCCCUAGAUGCCAAUGAAAACAUAUCUUUACCUUCGAUCACACCUGGCGGGACUCCAAAGCUAGAUCAGCAUGGAGCAGACCAAAACCCAGCUCUUCAGAAGAAACAGUUAGAUUUAAAUCUUCAUUUUGAAAAGGAGGCAAUUCACAAGAAGAAGAUCCUCGAGUGUGAUAAAGAAAACGAAAGACUUGCUUUUGAUCUCUUUGGUAAGGAAAUUCAGGUUAGGAAGCUCACAAAGUACGAAGAGGCAGACCCUAACGAGAUCAGUACUCUAAAAUAAACAAAUAAUGCAGCUUAAAGCAGAUAUUGAGACCAACGCCCAACAUAAAAGAAGUGUUCAGAAGAAACUUGACAAACUUGAAAGAGAAAGAGAUGACAAACUAUAUGAAUUUCGAAGUGAAUUAGAAGAGAAUGAUUCAGUGAAUGCAAUGUACAACCAACAUCUUCAUAAUCUCCGCGAUAUUGAGUUCGUGAGGAAGGAGAAACAAGCUGAGUUUCAUAUCAAGCAAAGAGAAAUGUAUAUAGAUAACCUGAAAGCACAGCUUGCAAUGAGAGAUCAGAUUAUUAAGGAUAAGCUUGGAGCAAGUAUCACAAAUUUUUUGAAACAAGACAUGAUGACAAUGCAGGAUAUUGAAGGAGUUAGGCAAGAUGUCCUUCUCCCUUCUUUAGAUAUGACUCGGACUAAACAGUUUGUCUAUAAUACAGAUGGGGAGGAUAAUUAUAAAUCCAAAGAAAGCGCAGAGAUGUAUAAUGAUGUAUCUCGAAUUAGAAAGAAGCAAAGAAACGUGCCUGCCACAGGGAAGAGGCAAUAUCCCCUGCCUAAGAUUAACAACGAUAGCUCAGCUUAUUAUAACUCAAACCAGAAAAAUUUGAAGUAUUCUAAGAUCACAAAGCCUACGAAUAUUUCUGUCGGAAGAAGAGACAACUCUAUUUCUAAUUCCUUUGACAGAAGGUCUAAGAAACCAACAAAGCCGACUCGGUCUAAUUUGGAAGGCUUAAAUAAUAAAUCAAAGGAUGGAAAGAAACCAAAAUAUGGCUUUGGGUACAAGCCUCCCUUGGGUAAUCUUAAGGAUAAUUAUUCUGACAACAAAAAUGGAGGUGGUUUUGCAGCUCAAAUGAUUAAGAAUCGAAAUAAGUAUUUCCCUAAAAACCAUAAUCAGAAGCUAAAACUAAAUAAAUCACGAAGUAGCGGGCCUGAAAAAGGAUCAAAGCAUGCUCCACCUUCGAUAUCAAAUAUUCGAAAUAGUCAGAACCGAGGAAUGAACUCCAAAUUUCUAAAAGCAGAUGGGAUGGAGAGUAGCUCCAUUCAGGAUACAGAUCCUGAGCCAGAAAAUAAAUCAACUGCUAUUAGCCACCAUGCUCGGAUAAAGGACAAGUUAAAACUUUUAAAGAAUAACCUGCAAGUUAGAAAGUAAUUAUGAGAUUAAGUUAAAGUUUCAACCUUAGAA